AUGAGCGCCGUCAUGGCAUCGCACGCUGCAUAUGAUGCAAGUACGGGGGUGCGCACGCUGCUGGCGUCGCUGCUGCUGAGCGAUCCGAUCCACAUCGACGCGUCGGUGCUCAGCGACGAUGUGCACAUGCGACAGCGCAUGCUGGGUCUUGCGCGCACCGCGCCCUUUGCACCGGACCUCGAAGAUACACAUACGGACUGGAGCGAUUCGUCAUCCGACUUGCGACGAGCGUUCGUCCGGUGGCUCUGUCGCGACCCAAUCGAAGUGCAUCGCUCCCCGCUCAAUGUCGAUACUGCAGCGCGCAGCUUCUUUGUGCAGCGACGCAAAACGCUCGACAUCGCUGCCGAGGGCGAUCACGAUCCGAUCGACAUGGAGCGCUUGACACUGCAGUGCAAAGACGAGUGGCACGGCACGGGCCGCUUGCUCGUCCAAUUCCCGGACGACCCCGAUCUUGCAAUGCUCUACAUGAGCGUCGUGCGGGACGGCACGGACGUCAAGCUCGACAACCUGUUUGCAUUCGACGAUCCGCUCACAGGCCUGCAUCGUCACACCCCGGCGUGCUGGGAAAGCUGCAAUGUGCAUGAUGAAGACGCACCGGCUGCGGCGGAAUACAUCAAUGACGCCGACGAGUUCUGGUCCGGAUUCGACGAUCCCGCACCCGACACUGCCCCAGCCCAGCCAACUGCAGUGGCAACCGACCCUGCACACACGCCGAUGGAUGGUGACGAAGAUGCAGCGAUUCGCGACAUUGUUCGCGGCGCAUACACGCUCUUCCGCUCACGGCAGCCUCACAACUCGACCGAAUCCUUCCUCGAGCUUGUGCACAGCGCCAUUGCACCUCAAUAA